AUGGGGAACGUCCAGAGUCAAGCUGGGGGGAUCGGGGAUCAUGGCCGGUCUUUGCCCUCGCCGGUCGCGAAUCCGGACAGGUGUGCAGGAGAGACCACGGGAACGGUUGCCAGAGCUCAUAAUCCAGGCUCUCAAGGAGAAUCUCCGAGCGAGGCGUGGACGUUACUUGGGAAUUUGGGAAUUGGCGAAACAAAUGCGCCCGAGGAAGACGUUGGAGAAGAAGAAAGACGAAUCGCCUUAGAAGUCUUGAGCAAGUCAAGAAGAGCUCUGACGGACUUGAAUGAAGCUCUAUUCCACUCGGACCAAGCCAUGUUCGAGUGGUGGCAAAUCGCAGACAAAUGCUUCCACUCGCACCUACGCGAAUGUCGGGCGGUCUCAAUUAGGUUGGAGUACACGAUGGAUCGAGCUAAAAAAGCCCGUCAAUGGCCAAGCAGAGUCAGGGAAGAAAUUAAGGAAGAAGCUGCGAGGCAGACAUUCGAAAUUUUGGAAGAUUCGCGGCGAACCUCGGAGGAGUUCCACAAAGCUCUGAAUGAGGCUUGGGAAGCUUUGGGAGAACUUUCGAAGAAGACGGCGGAAGCCGAGAUCAAGUCGAUGAAAGCUCUUAGGGAGUCAGGAGAGGGCCUCAUAGCAGCGAGAAAGGCCUUGCAGGAAGUCGAGGCACAUAAGAAAGUGCUGGAAAGGCUGAGGGAGGGGUCGGGAAUAGCUCUGGAGCGUCGACGAGGGUUACGGACUUGUAAGCUUGAUCCUGAAGAAGAAUUGAGAUUGGCCCGCCGCUUGCUUGAAACUGCCUCAUGGGAGGCGACAAGAGCAAAGCAUGAUCUGAGGGACCUCGAGAUGGAGCUCGAAAUUUCCAAAGGAGCACAGGCGAAGGAGCAAACGAGCGAGUUGAACGAUCCUAGCGAGCGGCAGGUCGGGACGUGUGAAACCCAGAAAGCGGUAGAUAGGACCUGGGAGGGCCUUCAGGAAAAAUUCGAAAUCCUUUCCAGGGCUCGGGAAGCUCUCAGGGUCAGAGGAUACGAAUAUCUAGAUAGGCGAUUCGGCGAGCUUGAAGCAGCCUUCCUCCGCCAACAUGAGGAAGUCUGUGAACUCAAUGGACAGCAGUCGCAGUUGGAGAUAGACAAAGAAUCGUCGAGAGCCAUUGCGGAUGCUCUGGAAAUUCCCGACCGCUGGGUCGACGAGGGAUGCCAUCCUCCCUUCCCUUCCUCGUGGACUCUUCUCCGUAGGCCUUGUCGCGAGACCAACGACGAAGGCGGAGCAGGAUCUCACCAUAAGGCGCCUCUCUCUAGGGUGGAAAUCCCAAAGCAGCCUGGGACCGCUUCCAGAGUCUCAGAAAGGUCCGUGAAGGAUUCAGCGGCAUCCGAGAUGGCGGACGAGGGACAUGAAGAAGAGGCGUUGGAAGCUUUGAGAGAUUCGAGAAAAGCUCUUGAAGUUAUGCAUGCAGCAUUGAUUGAGUCGGAUGACGCUAUGUACGAGUGGUGGAAAAUCGUGAAAAGGAAACUCCGGAGUUGCCAUCCUUCGUUAUCUGGGGCCGCGACAGUGGCGACUGAAGCAGUGAGGAGAGUGGAAGAAUCUCUCGAAUGGCCGGGACGAGCCAAGGCAGGCAUGAAGCAAGAACUUAUCGCGAAGGCCAUCUACGUCCAAGUUAUGUCGCGAGCUCCAAUUUGUGAGUUUAGGACUGCUCUCAGACGAGCCUCGGACGCUAUGGCGAAUUUCGAGGCAGAGACUUUGGAAGCCGCGAUCAAGUCAAGGGAAGCCCUCAGGAGAUCGAGGGAGGCUCUCGAAAAAGCAGAAAACGCUCUGGCGAAGACGAAAAGAUAUGCGAAUGUUUUGAUUCGGCUCCGAAACGACCCCGAUAAAGCUCGCGAGAUCCGAGAGAGAUGCGGGCAGGAGGUGUGGCCUUUCCGAAGAGAGAAUGAACCCAGCCCGAGUUUGGAAGAAUCGUUGGAAUCUGCGCGGUUAGAGGUAAUCGAUUCGAAGACUCGGGAAGAAUUAGCCAGACGACGGAUCGUGGACCUUGAGAUUGACGCUCUCAUCGCGAACGGAACACACAAGGAGGAGGGAUCCGCCGAGCCCUCGAAUGAGUCUAAGGAAGAAAGUGACCACUCGAGGAUGAUUCUGGAUCGCUUGAAUGAAGCUUGGAAGGAUCUGAGUGAGGAAUUCGCGAAGCUCUCGGAGAGUCGGGAAGCCCUUUCGGACAGGGGAAUUUUCCUGGAGCGGCCGAUUAUCGCAUGCUACGCUGACUUCCAUCAGCAGCACCACAGACUCUACGGUUUGAACCAACAGCAGUCGGAGCUCGAAACCGACAUAGCUUUGGCGAAAGGUAUCGCAGAGUUUCUACCACGUGUGAUCACAAAGGACGGAGUGUCCUUCGACUUAGAUAUCCCUUACAAGUGGGUUUUGCUUAAGCAUGGAUGCACAAAGGGUUAUCGCAUACGUCCAGGGCUGUGA